GAACUAUCUGUCUUUCUCUCUCUAUUGCUGCAGCUUCUUCAUCCCAAAUACAAAGAGGCUGAAAGCUGAGCAAUAAUUUGACCCUUUCCAUCAAGUUCUUUUUUUAACUGGAGGACCUCUGCGCGGGGUUCAUGCGGCGUGUGGCAGCAGCGCGCUGGACGCAAUAACCAUCGCUGUAUACCUGUCGCUACAUUGACGUGGACAACCUUGCUGCCGUUGAAGCGCAGGUGGCUUUACGAGUGGCUGUAUUUCGUCUUCUAGCUCCUAUUGCGCAAUUCCGACCUGAUUAUCAACAUGGCCACUCCUACAUCUAAACCGAAUUCCAGCUUCUCGAAGGUAUAUUUGACCAAGAAUAAUUACUCAGGACGGUCUCUUCACCCAAAUGCCAAGCGACCUGGAAAGGGAGCUGAGGAUUCAACGAAGGAAGAAAGCACCCAGGAUGUUGAGAGUUUCGAGGCGGAUUGGGAUGAGCGGAUAGUGGACAAUGAGGACAUAACUGCUGAACCCGCCAGUUCUCCGGUCAGUUCUCUUGAGGACCAAGAGAAUGAGAUUCCGCCCGGUUUUGAGGAAUUUGACAGCGCAGUAGGGGAAAGGAGGAGGUCACAACGCGGGAAGAAAGACUUACGCGGUUCCGAGUCUCCUACGUUCAGCCGCAAGAGGAAUGCCGAUGAUAUGGCCCACAAAGCUCAGACUGAUGCCGAGAAGGAAGAUUAUGUAUUCGGCUGGUCACAAAGUCAGAAGAAGCGCAAACAAGGUUACUCUGGAAGGAAAAGCGAUGGCUCUUUGUGGAAGGUGCAAGGCUCUACCACCACUCCCCCUCUGUCAAAGUCAUCACCUUCCUCCAGUGCUUCAGAGUCAAAAACGGGUCGCAGCUCACAGAAAACCAAAACGAAAUCAAAAAAGAAAGCUCUUGAUAAGGCUCCAAGCUUUACGGUCCCGCCUGAUAUCGACGACCUCCUACCUCCAUCAUCUGGAAAUCGCACGAAGCCCGAGUUUAUUGUCCCCGCUUCCCUCCCUAACGAUACGAUAUCUAGCUCCUCUGGAUUCGCAUCAUCCGCGCAAAUAUCCCACUUCUUUGAUUCUGACGACGACUGUUCAAGUGGCACGUCGCUCAGUUCAGUACCAGAGAACUUGCUGGAAGAAUUCUCGCAGAUGGAGGAUGUCUUGCUCUCUGACAUGGACGACUCAGAAAACGCGGAGUUGAAGCCCUCGUUGUGUCCCUGGUGCAAGAAGGCUGUCGAUUCAGAUGCACUGAGGAAGUUUCGAGCGCAACCAAAACAGCGGAUUCGCGAGCAACAGCAAUUCUGCGAGUCGCAUCAAAAGGAGACGGCGGAGAAAGAAUGGAAAGAGAGAGGCUAUCCAGACAUUGAUUGGGAUACUUUCGAUGAGCGCAUCAAGUGUCAUUUCGACGAUCUGGACAGUGUCUUAGUGCCUGAAGGCAAUUCAUACUACAGAAAUGUUCUUGAUACUAUGUUCAAAUCGGGAAAGGCAAAGAACUUCCGCCUGACACUCGCUGGAGACGCCCUAGAGACAAUCUGUUGCGGUUAUUACGGGACUCGAGGGGCCAACAAAAUGCUACAAGCUCUUACAGCGCGUUUCUCCCGCAAACUCCGCCGUUUGGCAGCUGAGGACCACAUCGUCAAGACAGCUGGACCUGUUAUCUAUGCACAGGCAGUCCUCGUACCUGAACUGGCCGUCAGGCUUGUCAAAGAAGAUAUGGGAGUGGAUGUUGACUCGGCACGGCAAAUCCUGCGAGAGAGCAUUGAAAUUGGCGAGAAGCUGAACUUCGCCCCGAAUGAUGUGAUCCCGAUCCCGGAUGAAUCAGAGAAUGCUGAUGCUAUCAUUGACUAAAGGCAUAAUACCUACGCCAUAUCGAUCUUCUCAUUUCACAUACUUUAGUAGCGACUGUAUAUAAAAAGAUUUUUCGGCUUGAUACCAUUGUUGCUCUUGCUUGUUGUUUGUGACGAAUGGCAUAUUGAAGGGUAUCAGUGUGCGAGAGGGCGGCUCAUGUUGAGAUGUAUUCUUAGUGUAAUUCUCGGCUGGAAUGAGCAUAUGGAUAGCCCCUUUUGAGGGUUUGACGAUGUUACAUGAGC